AUGGAGCGCCUGCCGCAAGAGCUCAUCUGGCUGAUCAUAUCUGCCCUCACGGAGCAGGCUUCGUCGACACAGACGCUCGCGCCUCUUACCACCAUCUCACGCAGGUGGCAGACAGCCACGGAGGCUCUGAUCUGGAAAGAGAUUCAGGUGGUUUAUGUGGACAAACUCGAUGACCUUACAUCGGGCGAUUGGUUUCGACGGGCGCGCAGAGGGUAUAUUCGCACGAUUGACUGGUGGGCAUGUAUCGACUAUUCGAUUCCCUUGUCUCUCGAAGAGCAAGAUCUUUGUGCCGAGGCGUUUACGGAUGCUCUUCAGGAUAUCUACGACCAGAGGUGGUUUGAGGAGUUGUCUCGGAUGUUCCAGCUGCUUUACUCAUGGGAAGGGGAUCGAGAUCAAGGCUUGGGCAUCGAAUUGGCUCUCGAGGGCCCUGGACAGGUGUGUUACAAUGGUGAGGGAGAUGGGCAGCUGCCCCGGCUGUCUGAUCCAGAAGAUGCAGCUUCUCUCAACCAUCGCCAGGGUUGGAGGUUUAACCUGCUUCCAUACCUGGCUCGCUUGGGGAAGGGAGAUCUAGCAUCCCUUCCAACUCUUUCAGUCGUCAACUCAUUCUCCUUACACAAGAGCUUCAGUGAUCGGUUCUGGCCGGCUUCGAUCAUGGAAAUGUUGGCGAUCUUUCCAAAUCUCAGGAAAGCGACUAUCGAUGUUGGAUAUGUUGUCAUAUCAAGGGCAGAAGAAGCUGUGAGGGAACGCAGACAGGGUAUUGCAGACACCAUACAUUUCCUGCCACCCCAUUUGGACACCUUCGAGCUCAGCAUUUGGAAUGAUAUGUCGCUUAGUCCGAUGCACAACGCAGUUGACUAUCUUUCAGUGAGUGGUAGAGACGAGUUGUCGAUCUCGUUGCGGGUACUCAGCAUGCGUCUUCGAAAUAUCCGACUUCGUGGGGUUCGAAUCAGCAGUGACCUCUUCUGGCCAGUCCAAGACGAUGAGCCUUUCUGGCUGAAUCUAGAACAGUUUGAAGUUUUAGACAUGCCACCUUAUUCUGCUGACGGUUUAUGGCUCCUUUAUAACGAUCCUUUCAAAACAAUUGACGCCCCCCAAACCAUCGACGAGGCAUGGGAGUACGAAGAUGAAAGGGGGUAUGGCAAGCGCGGCAUUGUCAACAGCGCCGAGGUGGACAAACUCUACGUGGCCGCUGCAUACGCAGUUCAAAAAAUGCCGUGUCUGAAGCAACUUACUCUCGAGUUCCGGGGUGAGUCAUCGCAGGAUGGUGCCUGCAACACGCUGUCCUUUGUGCGUAAUCUAAAUGAAGGCUCUGCGAGUCUGGUAGUCCGCAGCCAAGGGGGUUAUAAGCCAGGAGAAGCAACGAGGUUAGCCUGGAGGACUUUGGAAAGGACCAGGACAGACCGACGACGGAGCCAGGAGCCUCGCAGUAUGGAAGCCAAAGCGAAAUCCAACCCCCCAUUUUCCACCGCGUAUCUCAGAGAUCAGAGCCGGUAA